AAUCAAGCGCACACGACAAUCCACUUGUCUCUAAACGUGACGUAUUUCCUGGAAAAAGGAGGUUUGGGGCAGUUUGUUGUCAUCUUCAUCCAAUAGUGAACCGCUACACCGUAUCGGCACGGAGUCUUAUUUUCACCCGUAAUUUGUGGUUUCAUAAUAUUUAUACUCGCUUAACACAUCCGACAGAAAAAGAAAUAAAAAACAAGUCAUUGUGUUGCAUGAAAGCUUUUAUCAACCCGAAAGCGACGGUUGAAGUUAAUUCUUAAAAUAUAUAACCAUGGUGCCGUUAAGUUGCGAAUGACAAGCAAGAAGGGAGUUUAAUUGACUUCUUGGGGGAGAAUGGGUGCGUGCGGGUAGCAUUAAAAAUAAUUUCCCGACGCAAGUGAAGGGAAUGAAUGUAAAGUUGGGUAGUUAGCGCACGGAAGAAAGAAAGACGGAGGGGAGUCUCCGCUUGGAGAGCGAGGAGGCGGAGGAGAAGAAGAGGACGGUGAGGGAAGCAUGACGGCUCGAUCCUUAUGGAUGUUCUCUGACUUUCUGAGGCCACUGCUCUACUUUGCUGCUGUAAGGUAGAGCAGCCCAACUCUGCCUGGGAAGCAGCAUCAGACCCACGCACAGACCCCCCCCCGUGAAGAGUUCUCCUUUUAAUGGAUGCCUGGGUGGGUCUGCCGAUUGUAUGGACAGGUCUUGUCCUGCUGACAGUCGAGUUGAAGUGGAUUGAUGCUGCCGAGAUCUUCACCAACACCUGGGCUGUCCAGAUCAAUGGUGGUCCUGGGGAGGCUGACCGCAUCGCCAGGGAGCACGGUUUCAUCAACCAAGGCAAUGUUUUUGGAGAUUAUUAUCACUUCAGGCACCAUGCCGUGGAGAAGAGGGCAUUGUCAGGCCACAAGGGAAUGAACAUCAGAUUGCAAAAAGAACCACAGGUCCUGUGGGCGCAACAGCAAGUGGUGAAAAGAAGAAAGAAGAGGGACAUCUUUGAAGACCCCACAGACCCAGAUUUCCCCAAGCAGUGGUACCUGUCCAAUCCAACACAUCAAGACUUGAAUACGAAAGCAGCCUGGGCUCAAGGCUACACUGGGAGAGGUGUAGUGGUGACCAUUUUGGAUGAUGGUAUUGAAAAGGACCAUCCUGACCUCAUCAGCAAUUAUGACCCUGAGGCAAGCUACGAUGUUAAUGACGGAGAUGCUGACCCCCAACCGAGAUACACACAGCGAAAUGAGAAUAGACAUGGGACACGGUGCGCAGGGGAAGUUGCAGCUGUAGCAAACAACGGAAUUUGUGGUACAGGCGUGGCCUAUAACGCAAAAAUUGGAGGAGUUCGUAUGUUGGAUGGGGAGGUGACAGACGUGGUGGAGGCUCACUCUCUAAGCCUUAACCCUCAGCACAUCCACAUUUACAGUGCCAGCUGGGGCCCGGAGGAUGACGGCAAGUCACUGGAUGGCCCCGCCAAACUGGCCAAGGAAGCUUUUCUUCAAGGAAUAACCAAGGGACGCGGCGGACUGGGCUCCAUCUUCGUCUGGGCCUCGGGCAACGGUGGCCGGGAACAGGACAGCUGCAACUGUGACGGCUACACCAACAGCAUUUACACGCUGUCCAUCAGCAGCACCACAGAGUCGGGCAACGUGCCGUGGUACAGUGAGCCCUGCUCCUCCACCCUGGCUACCACCUUCAGCUCUGGGAAUCCAGGGGAGAAACAAAUAGUGACCACAGACCUGAGGCAGAAAUGCACUGACUCUCACACGGGGACGUCGGCCUCAGCCCCACUGGCUGCUGGGAUCAUCGCUCUGGCUCUGGAAGCAAAUAUGAACCUAACCUGGAGGGACAUGCAGCACCUGGUGGUGAGGACGUCCUUGCCCGGACACCUUAUCGCCGGAGACUGGAAGACCAAUGGAGUGGGACGCAUUGUGAGUCACUCGUAUGGCUAUGGUCUCCUAGAUGCAGGUGCUAUGGUGAAUUUAGCACAAAACUGGACGACAGUGGGACCACAGCACCAGUGUGUUCUGACGAUGCUCACUGGACCAAGAGACAUCGGAAACAAGCUGGCGUUCAGCAAGAGCGUGGACGCCUGCUGGGGACGACCCGAGUAUGUCCGAUCGCUGGAGCACGCUCAGGCUCGCCUCACUCUCUCCCACAACCAGAGAGGAAAAUUGGCCAUUCACCUCAUCAGCCCGCUGGGCACACGUUCCACCCUGCUGUUCCCGAGGCCCAAUGACCAUUCUUCAGAGGGGUUCAACGACUGGGCCUUUAUGACCACCCAUUCGUGGGAUGAGGACCCACAAGGAGAGUGGACCCUAGAAAUAGAAAACGUUGCAGCUAAUGGACGCGACUACGGUGUGCUGAGUCAGUUCACCCUCACCCUGUGGGGCACCGGACCCAGCGUUGUUAACCCCUCCUCCCCCGACUUCCCACGACCUUCCAACAACAGCUGCAAGACAUUUGAUGCCCAGCAGAUCUGUAUCGAGUGCAGCCCGGGCUUCUCCCUCUUCCUCCAGGGCUGUGUGAAGUUCUGCCCGCCGGGCUUCACGUCGGGCCCGCAGCUCCUCAACCUGUCCCUGGAGAACUGGGUGGACCUGUCCUCCGUGCAGGCCUGCCUGCCCUGCCACCCCUCCUGCCUCACCUGCUCAGGCGCCGGACCCACGGACUGCCUUUCCUGUCCGGCUCACAGCCACCUGGUCCUCGCCUCCUGUCUGCACCAGAAUCAGGUCCAGAGGAAAUCCCCUCUCGCAGGAGGACUGCAGGGCGAGGAGGCUGAGGCGGAGGCGGAGAGACCACCGGCAGCAGCGGGAGCGGACAACAACGGCGGGGAAGCUGAGAAAGCGCCUGGGCCCGGUGCGGCCGCGCCCUCCCAGCUUCCCGUCAUCGUGGCAGUUCUCAGCUGUGCCUUCAUCCUGGCUGCCUUCGCCGGGGUCUUCUUCUUGCUCCAGGUGCGCUCGGGCGACGCCUCUCUGUCCUGGAGGACCAAGCUGCCCUCUGUGUUUUCAGACAGCAGCGGGAGGACGCGGCUGGGCUUUGGUUUGGGCUUCCAGCGAGGGCGGGAGAGGAAAGCUCGGAUAUGCUACAAGGGAAUCCCCACCGUGUGGGCGGACGAGGACACGAUCGCCUACGGGUCUGAAUCAGACAGCGAGGAGGUGGACGGUCACAGCGAGAGGACAGCUUUCAUAAGGACGCAGAGCUUGAUGUAGCUGGAUCCGUUUCAGUCGCCGCGGCGAUGUGGAGGGUGUCGGAUCUGACUGUGCAGAGGUGAUGCACGGAGAGAAAAAUCACAAACACAGGCCUUACUGUCCCAUCAGCAUCCAACCCUGAGGCGUUUUGUCUUUGUUUUAUAAUUUCAAAUGACUUCACGCACUGCAAAAACAGAACUAAAAAUAAGUAAAAUUUUCUUA